CGCGUUGUUCUCUGUUCCUCGUCAUGGUCGACAUAGUUGUUCUUGGGGCGACAGGCUAUACUGGUGGCCUCAUAGCUCAGUACCUUGCCACGCAUCCGCAGCGGUCAUCCUUCACAUUUGGUCUUGCCGCGCGGUCACAGUCAAGACUCGAGAAAGUUGUUCGAGGACUCAAUCUCUCCGAAGACGAUGUACCCGUAUUCACCAUGGACGUUACGAAUUCUAGUGAUGUGGACGUUGUGGUGCGACAGGCUAGGGUCGUGAUUAACACCAUUGGCCCAUAUUGGCGUUGGGGAACUUCUGUUGUCCGGGCUUGUGUGCAGCAUGGAAAACAUUACGUGGAUUUGACCGGGGAGGUUCACUGGAUAAAAGAUAUUAUCUUUGAACUAGAUUACGCAGCUGUCAAGUCAGGCUCAAUUGUGGUCCCUUGCUGCGGGUUGGACUCAGUACCAUCUGAUGUUCUUGCGUUCGUCGCGAACAAGACGCUGAAAUCCUCCGGUGGGCCUUCUACCACUAUCGACCUCUCCACUUCGGCUUGGAGGCUUGGUGGUGCUUCUAUUUCAGGCGGUACUUUCUCCACAAUCCUUACUGCAUUGGAAGACGUUCCUAAACAUAAACUGCUCGCGACAAGGCAGAAUUUCGCGCUGAGCCCAGUGAAAGGAGCCAAUUCUCCUAAGCCUCGUAUGCUCUAUACCCUGCCGUACUCUAAUCGACCUGUCUACGGGGCGUGGUCGUGCAAGCGCUCGUGGGGUCUGUAUGAACUCGCACGCCGUGCCAACCAUCAUGAUGCGACCAAUGUUGCUCAAUUGUCCUACGGUCCGAAUUUUAAGUACGAGGAGUUCGUGGUUCUGCCAAGUGCGCUCUACGCCGUGGCAUAUUCAAUCACAUUUGCUGUGAUAGCAACAGCGCUGGUCCUCUUCCAACCUGUGAGGUGGUUUGCCCGAAAAAUAAUGCCUGGCCCUGGUGAAGGCCCCUCUGAGAAACAACUACAAGCUGGCUCUGUCAACAUCACCAACAUUACUACGUCCAGUCCGAACUCCCAAGGAGAAAAGACCAUUGUACGAAGCGUCUUUCGGGGCCGAGGUGAUCCUGGAUACUUCCUAUCAUCCAUAAUGAUUUCCGAAUGCGCACUAGCGCUGGCUUUGGAUGACGUCCUCAUUGAGAGGUUGAGGAGAUCGAGACACAUCGAUAUCGAAAGUGAGUUGGUAGUCGGGACAGAGCCACGUAAGACACGUUGA